AUGGGCGACCACUCCCCUGCAUCGCCGAGCGAUGCACCGGCACCGUUCUCUGAUAGCGCCGCCCCUCCACCUGUACCAGUUGAAACAAAAGCCCAUGUCGACCAUCACCAAGAUGUCCUAUUUCACACAAAAGAAGAGCAGCAACUGCCCCGCUUUAAGGCGCCGACUCCCCGUCCAACCUUCAUGGAGCAUCUCGCCGACUCGCGAGACUCUCAGUUUCAUCUGCACAGGCAAGAUUCGAGUGAACUCGACCGUUACUUUCAUGGUCCCCGUGAUAUGGACAAGCAUUCGAAAUGGCCUAUCUUUUUGCGUAUGCAUGGUAGUGUCACUCCGAAGAUGAUUCUACCUAUGCUCUUGGUUGCCGGAUGGGCGACCCUGAUCACUUCUAUUUCGCACUUUGUGCACGAUCUCGGCGUCAAUGACAUCCUACUCACCGUGCUGGGUUUCGUGGUGGGUUUGGCAUUGUCUUUCCGAAGCUCAACGGCUUAUGAACGCUGGGCUGAUGGUCGUAAAUACUGGUCCCAACUUAUUCAAACAUCCCGCAACUUGUCUCGUACCAUCUGGGUAAAUACCGGAGAACGCGAAGGCGAAUUGGGCAAAGUGGAUCUCUUACGCAAGCUAUCCGCUAUGAACCUUAUUCUCGCUUUCGCCGUCGCUCUCAAGCACAAGCUUCGCUUUGAACCUGAUAUCGCCUAUGAAGAUCUAGCUGGACUAGUCGGGUACCUUGAUACAUUCGCGCGGGACGCACAUGAUCACAAUGUCGUUCACCCUAAGGCUAAGGGUACCUUGAAGUCUGCGGGCGAGUAUCUCGGUGUCUCCUUUGCGGAGUCAAAUCCCCGGAAACUCAUCAAGAGAUCUAAGAAGCCUCUCGGACAUUUGCCCCUCGAAAUCCUGAAUCAUAUUUCUGCCUAUAUUGAUUCUUGUGUGGAUAACGGAACUUUGAAGUCGGGUUUACACCAGAGUCAAGCUAUUACUAUGAUGUCGACACUGAAUGAGGUUCUUACUGGUACUGAGCGGGUGCUGGACACCCCUCUUCCAUCUGCGUAUUCCAUUGCUAUUGCACAGAUCUCGUGGAUCUAUGUUCUUGUUUUGCCCUUCCAGCUUUACCAGUUUCUUCACUGGAUUACCAUUCCUGCCUCUGUUGUUGCCGCGUACAUUAUUAUCGGUCUCGCUACUAUCGGAAGCGAGAUUGAAAACCCAUUCGGUCAGGAUGUUAACGAUUUACCACUGGAUACAUACUGUCGCCAGAUCGCGUUAGAGCUGGACAUCAUGACAGCCACACCCCCGCCCAAGGUGGAUGACUUCAUGCAACGUGAUGAAAACCUUGUCAUGUUCCCAUUGAGCCCGAACGGAUAUUCUGAGUGGGAGGGGAGAAGCGUAGAGGAUAUUCGGGCUGCGCUGAAGGCGAAGGUUAUUUCUAGCCCGACUCCAAGUGGGAACCCCACGACCAUGUCCGACGCGUCUACUAUUGUUGGCAAUGGGUCAAUGUCUAAGCAGUCUGUUUAG